AUGAUAAGAUUUAAAUUACGACAUAUUAUCACCAUUCUACUUACAGUUUUCGCACUUUCAAUUCUUUGGAUUGUACAAUCAUCUCGCAAAACUGUUUCUUCCGAUACUCUGCAACCAUGCUGUACUGCAGCAAAUGAGGAAAUUGAAAGUAGAAGUUCUACUUUGAAGGAAAUUUCUUGUACAGUUGAUAACGAGAAAACAUACCAAUGUUAUGAAGAAGAAUUUACAAAUGAAGUGUAUUUUCCCUUCAAUGCUUUUCUUAAGAAACAUUUCGAUGUUUCUGGAAUGAUUUUCAAAGAUUCGGUAGCGAGACAUUUUGAAUGGUCAACAUCACAUGCUCGAGUUCGUUUUCCAGAUUUUAAUAACUAUGACUACCAUGGAGUUUUUGGUCAUUUCGCAUCAUACAGCGUAGAAACUAGAGAUCGCGUACGUUGUAUUAGUGCUCAGUACGGUGUACCACUGUCAACGCAGUGGUCAGCGGUUCCUUAUUUCUACCCCAUACAAAUCGCCCAGUAUGCUUUGCAGCAUUACAGUCGAUUCAAAACUGCUCCAUCAUCGAUUGUAUUUACAAAAGGCACAAUAGCGGAGGAAUGGAAUGACAACACGCUUGGUGGAAAUGGUUUCAAAUUAGGUUUUGAUAAAGAAGCGAACUCUACAAGGGUUGAAAUUAACUCUGUCGAUCAUGGUGUUUCGUUGGUACUUGAUGGUGAUCCGGCAUUUUCAGUACUGUCUUUCUUUUGGUUGGCUGACGUAGAUGGUUCCUUUACGAUCAGCUUGAAGCUUGCUUAUAGUCAGAAAACUAUACUAUUGCAUUACGUUCAUAACGAUGAUGAGCAGUGUGUUUCACACAACAAGAAGACAAGCAAAGUUGAGUAUAAUUAUUCUUUGGGUGCAGAACCAAAUCCAAAUGAAUGGCGUUGGAUUUGUCGUGAUUUAUUGGUUGAUACUGGUCGUGCUCUCGCAUCAACUUCAAAAAAAAAAGAAACCAUCCUUCUACAUCCAGGAGAUGUAAUUUUGGAUUCGAUUACUUUUCGAGGACAUUCGGUAAUUCGUAGUUUUGAACAACGAUCUUCUGCACAUCUUGAACACUUCCUCGUAGCAGCUGACUGGUUAACUAAUAAUCAAGAUGAACAUGGUGGUUGGUCAGUUCCUGUUGAACGCUCAAUUGCCGAUAAACGCUUGAUUUUGCCAGCAGGCUGGUAUAGUGCUAUGGCUCAGGGGCAUGCUUUAAGUGUGCUUACACGAGCUUAUGUUGUAACAAAUGAUAUGAAGUACUUUCAGGGUGCAAAGCGUGCACUCCAACUUUUUAAAAUAAAAGCUUCAAAAGGUGGAGUGCUAAAUGAACUUUUCGGUCAUCCAUGGUUUGAAGAAUAUCCAACUACGCCAGGCACGUUUGUGCUGAAUGGUUUUUUGUAUUCACUUAUUGGGUUAUAUGACUUUGCACAAAUUUCUAAUUCACAUGAUAGUGACAACGAUUCAGCUGCAUUAUUUUCUGCCGGUUUAGAAAGUUUGCGAAUUUUCCUACCUCUUUUUGAUACCGGAAGUGGAACUUUUUAUGAUUUAAGACAUUUGGGUCUAAAAACGGCACCAAAUUUGGCGCGUUGGGAUUAUCACUCCGUGCAUAUUUAUUUAUUGAAAUGGCUUUAUAUCAUUACAAAGGAUGAGUUUUUUAAUGUAACUGCUAAUCGAUGGGUUUCUUAUGCGACAGGUCACAGAGCAAAGCAUAAUUAG